UUACAGAUGCAAAAGCAAAGAUGGGGCCCGUGUCCUUCGUGCAUGUUUUGAGCGUACAGCCGAAAGAGAUCAAGGAUCUUGCUAGCAUGAUAUCCAUUGCAGAUUCAGCUUCGUGCACAAUUGCGGAACGAAUUGAGAACACAAAAACAAAAAGCCAGAUUACCUGCUCCACCAUUAAACCCAGGGCCGGACGCAAGAUUGAAGAACCGAGAGUUGUGAAAAAGGACAGCACAUCGAGCACUCUGUCGACCAAACCGACCACAGCCACCGCCACAGCUCAGUCAAGUACAGCCACUUCGAAACCGACUGGACUGUUUUCUGCGAAGGCAAAGUCUAGUGGUAAAUCCGCAAAGCAAUCCUGGGCUCAAGCACAGAUGGCCGCGGCCAUGAGUCGAAAGCCUGAGGACAAGCCAGAAAAAAAGAACACCAUGUCUAAGUCCAAGUCUAAAGCUCUCAAGAACCUCGAGGCGGCUACCGCAGCUAUGGCAGCUAGAAAACCAGCCGUCAAACGCAAGCUUAAGAAGGAAGCUGAUUCGUGGAUCGUCGCCGAUGGUGAGGAGAGCGACUCAGAAAGCGACAGCGCCGACGAAGAGGAAGCCGAUAGAGCGGCUGAAGGAUCAGACGACGACCAUGAUGAAGAGGUGCAGAUGAGUCGGAAACGCCCUGCUGUGCGCCGUGGCGUGGUAGAGGACAGCUCGGAUGAGGAAGAGGAAGAGGAAGAAGAAGAAGUAGUAGAAGUUAAACAGCAAGAGAAAAAAACAAAACACGUACCAAAAGCCAGUCAGGACUCUACCGGUCAGUCCCAGCCGGAAGCAGAAGCGGAUAACAAAGUUGCCACGGAGAAGUCCCAUAGUAUUACUGAAGAGGAAAAGAAUCAGGCAGAGGACGAUGUCCCUGAUAAGGCGGUAAAAGCGACGAUGAAGCCAGAUGAUAUCAUAGACCUUUCGUCAGUCGUGUCGCAGGGCGUUAAUGCAGAGGACGUUGACACUGCACAGCUGCUGGAAGGCCUCGACGAUGACACGGAUUUAUUCAUGGAUGAUGUGGGAACGAAUAAACCGGAUAGAGCCAAAGCGAAGAAAAAUACCGUCAAGAAGCAUCAAAAACGAGCCGCUGAAAAAGAGGAAUUUGUACCAGCCCCUAAGGGAAUAGAGGUGCCACCGGGAAAGAAAGUAAUCAAGAUCACCAAGCAGCAAGGAAAAAGGAUGAUUACUGAAAACGUCAUUGUCGAUGAUGAGGAUUAUGUGCCGCCUAAAAGGCAAAAGUUUAAUAGUCCGAAGAAGCCCCAGGCAAAGUCAAUCGCGAAGGGGAAGAAGGCUACCAAAAAGGGGCAGGCGUCCAUCACAAGUUUUUUCAAGAAAUCCUAAUAUGGCGUGAGAUUUCUCAACGCAGCUAAUAAAUAAUGAUUCAUACAAAC